GGUCCAUAUCUUUUGUCCAUGCAACGAUACGUUGCCAUUAAUUAGCUCUAAAGUAUUGAUUCCAAUUACUCAUUUUCUUCUAUUUCUUCUUCUUCUUCUUCUUCUCAAUCUUGCCUCAACCAUAGUAAUAAUGUCAGGAAACGACAUGAAAAAACUAAGGAAACUGCCUCACGUGUUCGGAAAAGUCCUCGAAUUACCGAUCCCGUCCGAUGCUGACGUUGAGGUGGAAGAAACACCGGAAUUCUUCCGUUUCGUGGUCGAAAUAAUCGAGCAGCACGGUGAAAAUAUUCGUAAUGUUAGGGCUGAGGCAGUUGAGAUUCAUCCGGGGGUUACAAAGAUAGUGGUGAGAAAUGGUGUCAAAUCAGGUGGUGGUAAAGGGGAGUUACUGCUGUUGGAACAAUUGAAGGUGGACACGUGGAGGUUUAGGCUGCCCGCGUGGGCCCAGCCUGAGCUGGCGACGGCGGUGUUUGCUGACGGGGAGUUAAUCGUGACGGUGCCGAAGGGUGUGAGCGGCCGUGGAGGGUUUGGCGGAAGGGAUGUUUUGGUACGUCGCGACAAUACCAGGAUUAUUGUUGUACAAUAGUAACAUAUACACUAUUUUCAUAUUAGUUCGUGAAUCUUCUCACAUGAAGGAAAUUAUGGAGCGCAUCUGUAUUUGAAAAUAAUUUAACUUAAAUUUUUCAUUUUGCCCUCAUGAA